GAGGUGAUCGCAAUUGAUUCUCUCGAUGUCGCCAUCAACUGUUGUGUCCAUUGCGCGCCUAUAUUAGUUUUCGAUCAUGUCCCACCUGCAUAAUACAUUGGCGCCAGAGCUGCCCGAUCCCUUGGACUUGACCCACCACCUCUCGCGGUCCACCAGAGCUCGCGAGGCCUCCAGUGUGAAGGAGUUCUACAAGUACUUUGCUAUUCCAGGAAUCGGGCAACUAGCUGGAGGCCUGCCAAAUGACAAGUACUUCCCCUACGACACUCUCGAGGCGAAAGUUGCCCACCCAAACCGCUGGAAGCCCUCUUCCCCCAAUGAUCCAGUCGAUCCCCCGACAGACAAGCCUGCGUCGGCCUCGAAAUCGAAAGAUGGACCAUCAGCGGCCCGGCUUCUCGUACCGCAUGAUUCGGGGAAUCCGGAUCCUCUCAAGAUGAUUGAUUUGAAGUCGGCUCUCCAAUACGGGACGGCACAGGGAUACCCUUCACUGUAUUCCUUCAUUCGGCAGUUCACGAGAGAGAACUUGCAUCCGGCCGUCCCUUAUAAAGGCGGACCGGAGGUUAUAUUGACUUGCGGGUCCACCGACGGCUUUUCGAAGACGAUACAAGCUCUGAGUGACGAGUGGUCCGCGGAGCACGACCCGGUAAACGAGAGGCCGGGUCUGCUUGUAGAAGAAUACUGCUACAUGAAUGCUGUGCAGACGGCUAAGCCGCGAGGACUGAACAUCGUACCGGUAGCCAUGGAUGAGGAAGGAAUGCUGGCAGAGGGAAAAGGAGGCUUGCGAGACGUCCUGGAGAACUGGGACUUUUCCCGCGGACGACGCCCGCACCUGAUGUACACCGUUACUAUCGGACAAAACCCAACAAGCGGGACCCUCAGCGUUGCUCGCCGAACCGAGCUGUAUGCUCUUUGCGUCAAGUACGACAUUGUCAUUAUCGAGGACGAUCCAUACUGGUACAUCCAAUUCCCAUCGUCGUCUGCGAGCAGCAAAGCCCCGAAACCGAACAAGGGCUCCGGUUUCGAAUUCCUCGAUUCGCUCAUCCCUUCCUACCUUUCCCUCGACUACCAAGGCCGCGUCGUCCGCCUGGACACCUUCUCCAAAACCAUGGCUCCAGGGUGCCGUCUAGGUUGGAUUACCGCACAGCCAGCUCUCAUUGAGCGUAUCCUGCGUAUCACAGAAACCAGUACUCAGCAACCCUCUGGCUUCGUCCAAGCCAUGGUCGCAGAACUCAUCAUGGGACCACAGAGCUCGUCCGACCCAGGACGCGGUGGAGCCGCCGACGGCAGCGGCUGGAAAGUCGAUGGGUGGGUGCGCUGGCUUGAAGGCCUGCGCGGCAACUACGAGCGCAGAAUGGACGCAAUGUGCAAUGUCCUCAGCGACGGCAAACAUCUCAUCAGGGCCCGCCGACGGAACUUAUCUGCACAAGCCGCUGAUGAAGACGAGUGGACAAUCGUUGAGACGACCAAGAUCUACGACUUUGUGCGUCCUCUUGGAGGCAUGUUCGUCUGGGUACGCUUCGAUUUCUCUACUCAUCCGCUCCGCUGGCAAGUCCCCGCCGCUCGCCUGUCACAAGCGCUGUGGGUCUUGUGGACUCGGAAGCCGUAUCUCUGCCUUGUAGCCCCCGGCAGGAUGUUCGCGGCCACCGAAGAGAUUGCCAGAAAGGAUGCGUUCAAUUGCUUUAGGCUUUGCUUUGCGGCUUGUCCGGCCGAGGAGGUCAAGGCCAUCUCCCAGCGGUUCGUGGAUGGGGCACAGGCGUUCUGGCGUAUCAAGUCGAAGGAGAGGAUUGAUGAGCUGUUGGGCGAGGAUGCAGAGAUGGGGAGUGUGGUCGGAGGAGAUGCUAGUUUGGCGCUUCUGACUGGCAUGUGCUAGCUAGCGUACGCAAAGUUGGGAUGGAUAUAUAUUUGUCCUCUGUCCAGUCAAUCAUCUACGGCCAUUUCAAAUGUCAACUCUUCAGGGAUUAGGGUGCUAGCACUGCUUAAAAGUGUAACAAAAGACAGAGGAUAGAUAACGUACCUCACGGGCGAGCCGUCCACACGGGCGAGCCGUCCACACGGGCGAGCCGUCCACUUCUGCCAAGAUCCUACCAAAAUCCAUACUGUUUACGACAGUACAAUACA